AUGGCGACCGCCCUGUGCGGAGUGCAGGCCGCCGGCAGCGCCACGAAGCCGGUCAAGACUUACCGCGAGCACCGGAGGAAAGCGAAGGACUCCCGGCGGCGGCAGGCGGCUCUUCUGUUCCUCAACAACAUCUCGCUCGACGGGCGGCCACAGGGGGUUACACACGGUGGAAGUGCGGAGCUACAGAAAGCCGCCACGGAGGAGCAGCGGCUCGGGGACAGAGACGGAGCCGCCUCGGUCUCGUCUCCUCCGGCUGCUCCGCCUCCUCCUCCGCCGCCGGAUGUCCAAGGAGCGGCCGCCCAGGUGACGGAACCCUCCGGCAGCGGCUCAUCCUCCAGCGUCCUCGGGGUGGAUACUCCUACCCGGCCUUCUUUGGUCAUGUCACCGGGACCUGCCGCGGCCGUGGGGGCCAACGAGGUAUUUUUGGAUGGUGUGAGUCUGGCGGAGACGCUGACCCCGGACACCCCCCUGUCUCCGGGGCCCGCCGGCCACCAGCCCUGCUCCCGGGCCAAGUCCACACCCGCCGCCCUGAGCCCGGCCGGAGCAUGUCCGGAGUCUCGGCAGAGGUUGAGGAACAUCUCUGGUUCUCCUGGACCCAAGGUGCCAAAGAAAGUCCACUUCAUCAAGAGUAUGAGACAGUACGACACCAGAGGAUGCAGGAUCAUGCUGAUUUGUGCCAAGCGGUCGCUUUACGCUACUUUCUCAGUGCUGCCCUAUGAAGAGAGCACUCACCUCAGUGAAAUAAAGAUGGAGACUCAGAGACAAAGGCUGUCUUCUGUGGUGGCUGCAGACCUUCUUCCUUACUUGGAGGGUGUGGAGCUCGGCGCCUGCGGAAAGACUGUGUCGUACGCUCAGUUCCUUUAUCCGACCAACGCCCUGGUGAGGCAGAAGAGCGGCACCGCACCGGAGAACGGAACAGCCCAGACCCCCCAGUCCCGUUUCCGUGGCAACGGCCAGAGGAACUUCACCCAGGGUCGUCUCAACAACAGCGUGACGCAAGAGCCGCAUGCAGAGGAGGUGGCAGAGUACGACCCCAACCUGCUCAGUGACCCCCAGUGGCCGUCUGGGAGACACAAGAGGGUUCUUAUAUUCGCUUCCUACGUGACGACUGUUAUCGAGUACGUGAAGCCGUCCGACCUGAAGAAGAACAUGAACAACACCUUCAAGGAGAAGUUCCCCCACAUUAAGCUGACUCUGAGCAAGAUAAGAAGCCUGAAGAGAGACAUGCGGCUCGGGAGCGAGGACUGUGGCCUGCAGCCCGUCACCAUAGCUAUGGCCUUUGUUUACUUUGAGAAGCUGGUGCUGCAGGGUCGACUCAACAAGCAGAACAGGAAGCUGGUGGCGGCGGCCUGCGUGCUGCUGGCUGCGAAGAUCAGCAGUGAUCUGCGGAAGCCAGAAGUCAAACAGCUCAUUGAUAAGCUGGAGGAGCGUUUCCGUAUAAACGGCCGAGAGUUGAUUCCCCUGGAGUUCCCGGUGCUGGUUGCUUUGGAGAUGGGACUCUACCUACCGGAGAGCAAGGUCAUGCCGCAUUACCGCAGACUGGUGAAGCAGGGGUAGAGUGACGCCCCUUCACUCCGCUGGCAUCAUCGAUAACACCAGCAAGUGUGUGUUUGUUUGUUUGUUUGUGUGUGUGUGUGUGUGUGUGUUGUGGAUUGACCAGUUUAUAAGCCAUCAUGUUUAAAACCAAUUCUAUUUAUUUCCUGUCAGUGAGAAGAACUCGUUUACACUCGAUCUGAAUGUGUGUGUUUUUGUACGUGUGACGUUUUGAUGGUGAUGAUCAUGAGCUCUAUGUUAGAGACGUCCAAUCAGCACGUUAUUUGUGCUUUUAUUUUUUCUCAUGAUUUUUCUGAUACAUCCUUGUUUUCCUCACCUGUUUCUGAAAUGUGUACGCUGUGAUCUUUGUGGACAAACUCUUCACUGGCACCUUUCUCCCGACUAAACACUUCAAGUUUAGUGUGUUAAUCACAAACGACAGAGAAAUCACUCUGCUGAUUUUUGUGAACGCCUUUUACAAACCACUGUGACAUCUUUUUAGACAUUAAAACUGUAGAUUGUGGUUGUGUAUCAAGGUUUUAGUCCAUUUUUCAAGAAGCGAUUUUUAAAUUUGAAAUGUCCGUCCCACAGUGAUGCAGCCACUUUCAUGAAUUCAUCAAAAAAAAAAAAACGUGGCAGCUCCGUGUUUAAGAAUUUGUUGUUGUUGUUGAAUCUGUGCUGAUAUGUAUUGUCUAUGGUGUCACGUGUAAAGAAAGAGGAUUUCUGAUUUGUCGUAUUUAUAGAAAUUGAAUGUUUUUUAUUUUAAAUGUCUCAUUACCCAGGGAUGUUUUUGUUUAAUGCACUGGAAUGUAAUUCUAGAUGUCAUUUUUUCAGUUCUCAGGAAUCUUUGCCUUUUUUUCCUCAUAUCUUUGAAUUGCUCAUGAAGUCAAACCCAAAGAGUUGUAAACGUUUCACUGGAGCCGUUGUCACUGAAAUCUCCUGAGCUCCGUUGAGAGCCAAUGGAGGGUGACUAGUUUGUGACUGAAGGAGGAAUCAAACUGUCGGAACUCUGCAGCAUGUGAAUGGAUGUACGAGUUUCUUGUGCCAACAGCGGUGGAGCCUGACCGCAGAGCGAAGCGCUCAGGUCGUUGUGCCAAAAGGCAGAUGAGUACGAGGAGGGGGGGGAGAAUAGAAAAGUGCCUGAAACCACAGUGGCAGUGAAAUGGUUAACCAUCUCAUCGUCAGUGAUAUUUAACUUUGACAUUUCUUCGUCUUGCUGCUGUAGAGAAUUUAACACGUGUUACUGGUCGUGGACAUGAUGGUGAUUCAGUAUUGUGUGUCUGUAAUGUGUAUCUGUGUGUUGGAUGUCAAACUGUGAAAUAAUCCACUGUUUUCUUAUUGUAAAAUGUUUUUUUUUUUACACAUAUUUUCAGACACUGAUUAGACUUCUGGGUUAGAGUUUGUUUUCAAAUCCAGCAACAUUUGUGAACCUGAAUCUAGAUCGCCCCCUGGUGGCUGUCUAGAGUAUCAGUAACAAACCCGGCCUCCUCCAUGUUGGUGGACUACUUGUCAAAUACUUUUUGAAUUAAAAGAUGUUAAAAU